AUGGUGAGGAAGAUCAUAGAGGCAAGAGAGGAGAUACAACAACUGCCUACAGCUCAACUCAGUCAGAGUAGUAUCAACCAAAUAUAUUUAGGCAUUUUCGGAACGUAUAGCAAGGUGGCAUGGAGAACCUUAAUGUUUCACAAUGAAGUUAGGCCCAAGGCAAGGUUCACUAUGUGGAUGCAAUGCCAUGGUAGAUUGCUGACAACAGAUAGGCUUGCAAACUGGGGAAUACAAGUAAGCUCAAGAUGCUGCUUAUGCAAUGGUGGUGAUGAAUCACAUGCACAUCUGUUUUUUGAAUGCAGGUUUACUAAAGCAGUAUGGGAAAGGCUUAUGCAAUGGCUACGAAUUCAGGUGAAUCCCAAGCACUCUUAUACACAGAUGAUGGCAUGGGUAGUAAAACAAGCUAAGGGGAAAUCAUGUGCAGCCAGAGUAAUGAAAAUGGUAUAUGCAGAACACAUCUAUGGGAUAUGGAGGGAGAGAAACAGUAGAAUAUUUGAAGAGACAAACAUGACUACAGAUCAAGUAGCAAGAGAAGUGGCAUGUGUUUGCAAUAUUAGAGCUCAAGGAGGAAUGAGGGCAAAACUGCAGCAGCUUAUGUUUUGA